UACGCUUCUUCCCACACAGUUCCGCCCUUCUCUAAUCACGGGAAGGAGGAAACGUCUGGGUUGCGGUGCAGUUUUACAAAAUAAACUUUUAAUUAAACUUAACUUCGAUGCCUGGAUUACCGGAGAACGAAUGAAAUUUUCUAUAAUUCGCACAAACGUGGGAUUCUUUUUUCCCCCCAAGUUUCCUAUGGCGUGAGUGACAAGUUGAGAAAUAGAGGAUGGACAGAGCACAACACAGAGGAAAAUGGAAGAAAAAAUGUUGUUUUACUCUGUUUUUUUCGAUCUGUCUGGAUGUGUGUGCUGCUGCGGCUGUACCAGCUAGCUGCAAGGGCGAUGAGUUUCGCAGCUCGAAAGGCCACUGCUGUAACAGGUGUCCACCAGGAUUCUUCAUGGUGGAGGAGUGUGAGGGACCACGUCUGAGGACCAACUGCUCCGUCUGCCCCAGUGGGCGGUACAUAGAGACGACCAACUACGUCAAACAGUGUUUCAGAUGUAGAACAUGUAAACCCGAGAAUUAUGAAAAGGAGUCCUCACGUUGCGAACCAGCAAAAAACACAGUAUGUGAAUGUCAAGAUGGCUACGCCAAAAUCUAUAUCGACCGCAAUACCUGGGACUGCAUUGCACAGGAAGUGACAUCUUGUUUGCCCCCGAAAGAUGUUGAGGAGCCAAGCUAUCAUUGGUCCUUCUUUGUGGGUGUGGCUUUAGUCGCAGUGAUCGCGGUGGUACUCCUGGUGUUUGGGAUUUAUAAGGUCCUGAAGAGAUUUAAGAGCGGGGUCAGGGAGUCGCCGGGUCUUCUGGAACCUGCCCCAGCUGAGAGUUCCACUGAAAAAUUACUCAUCAGUUCUAUUCCCAAAACGGAUUCCUCCAUCCAAGAGAGCACUCCUGUUUUCAGCGUAUUUCCUGGCAAUAGGACACCCGAUCUACCACCUCAACUGCCAGAUUGCAUCCCCCAAGAAUUCAAGUUUUCUCCUUUUGUCUACUAUUUGCUGGACCUCGUUCCUGCAGACCGCUUCAAGGAGCUGGUGCGACACCUGGGUGUUUUGGAGCGGGACAUUGAGAGGGCGGAGAGGGACAAUCGCACCUUUAAGGAGAGCCAGCAUCAGAUGCUGAGGGUGUGGGGGGAGCGUGGGGGCGGGGGGGUGAAGGGGAUCCUCCCUCUCCCCGUGGUUUUGGAGCUGCUGAGCACGCUGAGGAUGAUGGGGCUGGGGGGCUGUGCUGAGGCCAUCGAAGAGAAGUACGGCAUUCAGUAGCGCCAAACGGGCGUGCUCGAGGGUGCGCACGUGCGCGCACACACAGUGACACGCAUAUACACACGUGCACCCGCGCACACACAGUGACACGCAUAUACACACGUGCACCCGCGCACACAGUGACACGCAUAUACACACAAGUGCACACACGCACGCGCAGACACAGAUACAACACAGACAUGCACGCAUGCACACACACAUGCAGUCACACAGACACAGAUACACACGCACAUGCAUGUUCUCUCUUUCACCCACACACACACACAAGCACGCACGCACACAUACACACACCAGCACGCACGCACGCACACACACACACACAAGCACGCACGCACGCACACAUACACACACCAGCACGCACGCACACAUACACACACCAGCACGCACGCACGCACGCACACACAUACACACACAAGCACGCAUGCACGCGCACACACACACACCAGCACGCACGCACACACACACACACACACACACACACACCAGCACGCACGCACACACACACACACACACACACACACACACACACACACGCACGCACACACACACACACACACACACACACAGCCAAAUGAACACACGGCAGUUUCACUGCAGUACAAAGCAGCAUUGCAAAUGAUUUCAUGUACAAACAUAUAUUCUGAUGUACUAAAGACAACCUGGCAAAUGCCACACUAACAUAACUAAUAUAGCUGAAAUAUAACCUGUAUAUAGAUUUAUAGGAUAUGUCCCUCCUUUGAUUGGUUGGGCUAAAGGAGGCGGAUCCUGUCUGAGGUCCUGCCCACUCCUCCAGUCUAAAGCCAGUGUUGGGGGGAAAAAAGCUCCAAGUGUCCUGCACCAGAGCCCAGAACAUUCUGAGCAACGUCUGAACCUCUGGGGCUUAUUUCACCUGGACAUACCCUGUUCAACACAUCUUUUACAAUCACAUAUCGCAUAUCAUGCAUCACAUAUCGCGUAUCACAUAUCGCGUAUCACAUAUUGCAUAUCACAUAUCACAUAUUGUAUGCUGAAGCACGAUCCUCAGGCCGUAAUCCUCAGGUCCCUCUGACAGACACAUGGGGUACUGAAACCUUUCACUGCUCUGUUGCCAAAAACUUGAAUACUCGCGAUUGCCAGAGAGCUCAUUUUUCACCUGGCGACCACUCGGCUGCCGGUGUAAACCACGGGCGGCCGUUACUACGGUUAUUCCUGGUUGAGAACUUGACGGGGAGGAGCGAGAGAGUGUGCAGGCUGGGAGAGAUGGAGUGGGUGGGUGGGUGGGUGGGUGGGUUUUGGUGGAGGAAGGGAACAGUGUGUGAAGGGAGUGGGUGGAAAAAAAGAGGAAGAGGAAGAGGAAGAUGUGACACUUCUCCCUCUGCACACUCGUGCCCGUUACAGAAGGGGCAUUUGAUGUGCAGUGUAAAGUUUCUAAUGCAUUAAGUAUCUAGUGCAAUACGAGUCCCAACUGAAACACACCAGCGAAACAGACAAACUAUCGAACCCACGUUACCUGCUUAAAACAUAAUUAUGGACAAAUGCGCGUAUAUUUGGAUUCGCUGUUAUCGGACAGAGAUGUAGGCUACUCGCUUGCUUGCCUACAGGAUUUGGCAAAAGUUUAAUUUUUCAAGCGUGGCCUACGGUAUGCAGUCAUGCUAUCAGAUAAAUACUCAUAAAAUGGCCAGAAGAAGCAGUGGUUUUGAUUGUUUGCCCGUUACAAUCAUUUUCCCCAAACACUGGCGAACUGAUGCGGGUCUGUGGAAAUGUUUGCCUACGGCAAUGCUUUCCGGUGCACGUUUCAGACCACGCCUGGCCAAAACACUCUGAUUGGUUGGGGGAAAAUACAGCUAUCCCGGGAAGGUUGCCUCCUUCGUUUAUGUCUAGAACGUCAAGGCGUCGGCCAGGCUCUGUUGAACAGAAGUGAAAAAAGCGACUGGCUGGCGAGGCCAUUGGGUUGCCCUCGGAGGUUGGAAUGGUUCAAUUCUGUCAAUCGGGUGCCUCUGACCUGCCUGCUGCAGUUGAUUGGUCAGUAUAGCCUAUGGACUGCAGGGAUAAAGGAAGCCCUGUAUUUGUGAACGGUUAUUCCUAAAUGUGGGUUAUUCAACAAAAAAAAAAAUGCACUGUGAAUAUUCUUCCCCUACAGUAUACAGAGGCCAGUUACUCACACGCAUCUAUACACACACACACAUCCAUUAUGAAAACCACACUAAGCUAAGACUAAGACUUCUUUCUGUUUUUUUUUUUUUUUUUACCCGCAUUUUAUUGCUUUAUAUUCCAUGGCUUCAUUUUGAUUAUCAUAAGGAUGUAAAGAAUUGCAUUCAUAACUGUGGCAGGGAAUGCACAAAUGGUUUGACACUUAUGUACAGUACAGAUAGUUGAAAGUAAUCAACCUGCCCAGUUGAUACUAUCUAUCUAUAUAUCCUGUGGUGCUAAUACUAAUGUAUUGCAACGCAAGCUGGAACACUUUCAUACCCUUGCAAAACAGCAUUAUUUCUAUAGCCGUUAUCAUGUGCAUUGUCCACAGAUAUAUUUUUUGUAUAACGGAACAUUAGCAGUAUUGUCCUUGAUUUUAUAGUAAUCUUUGGGUGAGUAUUAAGUGCUUUGGUGGUCACUUUGACAACCAUGAUAGACGUGUGUACAAGUUUCAUCCAUGCAUUAUCUAUUAUCUAUACCUGCUUAUUUCUGGUCAGGGUCGUGGGGGAUGUUAGAGCCUAUCCCAGCGUGCAUUGGGCGAGACAUGUAUAAGUUUGUCAUUCUGAAAAAAUUUAAGUCAUAAGUCAUGUGAUAUGUGAUGGGUUUUACUGCAAAGUGCUCCGUUCACACAAAUCGAGACGACCUGAAUCUUAUUUUCACACGCCCUGUUUUGUCUCACCAGUGACACUGGCCAAAUGAGAGAAAUAAAUAUAUUUUUACACCUACA